CCGAAGCUACAACUAUUACAGUGAACGGAUACACAAUAUCUAUCAAGGUCUAAGAGGAUAGCUGGUGUAAAAAAAACGCUGAUAUGCUGAGUUGUGCAAGGGAGAUAGUUCAGAGUUCCUGAAACAGGAAAUAAGCGGUGUUUGCUUUCAGCUAAGGAAGGAAAGACAGAAGGAACAAGCAAGCUGUGCAGUAUCGUUAAGAAUAAUGUGAACGCAUUCACGUUUUGGUGGGUCAGUGCAUCUUUGAGGUUGUCUUGCCAAUGGCUCUGCUGGAAUGAAAGUGUUCUCUCCCCAGUCAACAUACACUUGCGCGUGAUGUUCGGAAAGGAGUCGUUUCAGUCUAUACCGACUCUCUGCAUUCACAUGAUCUGAACUUGAAACAAGAUCUCAAACAAAGAUAGCGAAGACUCGAUUCGCUUGUGUUUGAUGCAUGAACCUUCAGAAGCUAACGGUUGAUUUGCUUCACUUCAUUUGUUGUGCAGUGACUCGGUUCUAACAACAGAAAUCUCUGAUAUUACGAGUUUCAAGGGAGGGGAAAAGAGUCUUUCGAGGAAGGGCUAUGUUGGUGAAGGAGUUCAGGAUUUGCAUGCCCCUGACAGUAGAGGAGUACAGAAUUGGACAGCUGUACAUGAUAAGCAAGCACAGCCACGAGCAAAGUGACAGAGGAGAGGGAGUGGAGGUGGUGCAGAAUGAGCCUUAUGAGGAUCCUAUUCAUGGCAAGGGCCAAUAUACAGAAAAGAGAGUUUACCUUAACAGCAAGCUUCCUAGCUGGGCUAGAGCAGUGGUUCCGAGGAUCUUUUACGUCACAGAGAAAGCUUGGAAUUAUUAUCCGUACACUAUCACAGAAUACACAUGCUCCUUUUUGCCUAAAUUUUCCAUUCAUAUAGAGACAAAGUAUGAAGAUAACAAUGGAUCGAAUAAUAAUAUCUUUGAUUCAGAGGCAAAAGAUGUUGAAAGAGAUGUGUGUUUCAUCGAUAUCGCUUACGAUGAAAUUCCUGAACGAUACUACAAAGAUUCUGAGGACCUCAGGUAUUUUAAGUCAGAGAAAACGCAGCGAGGCAUGCUGAAAGAAGGCUGGAGGGAAACUCAGAAGCCUAUCAUGUGCUCCUAUAAACUGGUGACUGUUAAAUUCGAAGUCUGGGGACUUCAGACAAGAGUGGAACAAUUUGUACACAAGGUUAUUCGGGAUAUUCUGAUGAUUGGCCAUCGGCAAGCUUUUGCCUGGGUGGAUGAGUGGUAUGACAUGACAAUGAAUGAAGUUCGAGAAUUUGAACGAGCGACUCAGGAAGCCACCAACAAAAAAAUUGGAGUUAUUCCUCCUGCGAUUACUAUCAGCAAUAUCGUUAUGCCUUUGUUAACCCGCAGCGGACCUUCCAGUGCUCCAACCACACCUCUUGCUUCAGAAGCUCCAGAAUUCCUGGCAAUUCCCAAGGAUCGUCCUCGGAAAAAGUCUGCUCCAGAAACACUUACCCUUCCAGAUCCUCGGGAGAAAUGCAGUACUUCUACAAUAUCCAACAUCGAUGCCUCCGGCGAGCCUUCUGAGCCCAAGCAUAACUAACAUUCUGCCUCUCAGGGGCUCUACUUUCAGAUUUCAGUAUUAGAUGAUAUUCUUCUUUAUCCGUCACUUGCUUUCUUCCUUUAUCUCAACUUGCAUGCUAAUUGCCUAUUUCUUUGGGUCCCCUGAGUGUGUAAAUUGCAAAGAAAACAAUGUGCUCCACGCCUACAGUUCUUUUCUCCAUUAAAAUGGAUGAAAGCUUCUCCCCACAGGGAAUAUCAUUAUAGGGAGUGAAUACAGAUUAAAUUCUCCAAGUGCUGAUGACAAAUAAACGUGACCACUGCCAACAUAUACUGAAAAUUCACAGAUGCCUUUCCCAACAUUUUCCUAGCAUUGAUGGCCAGGAGCACCAAAUCUCAGAACACUGUGAUUUUCCAAGAGCUGCUGCUGAUGGAUGAGAUUUAUCCCUACGUGUUCCACACAUUCACAUUUGUGUCUCAGUGCAGUAAAAUUUAAACAUGCUUCCUGAGCCCUUGUAACGAAUUCAGGAGUAAUUUGUGUUUGGUCACCUCCUGCAUGGCUAUAGAUGUGCUUUGAUAACUUGAAACAGAUAUAAUUUAUCCAACCUCAGUGGGACUUAGGCAGACUUAUAUAGAGUUCCAAAGCAAUCAGAAUUUGUUGGCUUUGGUUUGGAAUUGGUUCCAUAUCAGGAUCCUUAGGCAGUCAUCAACACAAUUCACCAGUGAGAGACUAUGGAACAGAACCAUAAAAUGAUAUAGCACAGAACCAGGCCAUUAGAUCCAUCCAAUCUGUGCUAGCUCUUUGAAAGAGCUAUGCAGUUAUUCCCAAUUCCCCUCACUUUCCCAUAGGCUGCACAAUUUUCCCUUUCCAUUUCCCUACUAUUGCUCUCUCAAGCAAAGCAUUCCUGUUGUAAAAACUCACGAUUUAAACAAAUUCCCUUAAUUGCACCUCUGGUUCUUCUGGUAAUUAUUUUAAAUGCAUCAUUUGAUUACCAAUGUCUCUUCUGAUUCCCGAAGGUAGAGUUACAAAUCUCUUAGCAAGUAUAUUUCUCAAUGUUUCUUGAGUUACAGUGGUGUCAGACUCUAUCCAAAGCUCCUGAUAAGCCAGUUGGAACAAUGCAGUUGGUUGUGGUGUAAUUGUGUUUUGGAGGAGAAAACUUAGCCCAACCUGUGGAAAGGCUAUGCCUUCUAGAUUGGAGACAGAGACAGGUUCAAAAGUAUUGAUCAACAAUCUUGCUUCACAUUCUGCCAUGCAAAGAAGAGCAGCUCCUUGGAUGAAACAUUCCUGGCUACAGUGAGAAUAUUAUGUAAAAUUUUAGGCUUCCAAAUUUAACAAAAGCAUCAAAGCACAUAUAGCUACAAGUAUCAUGGCAUGCAUGUGUGCUAAGACGGAGUUGGCUGUCAGUACCUCCACAACUCCUGUUUUAUUUGCAAACAAAAUUUAAAACAUUGCUCUUAUAAUUAUUGAUGGCCAUGCACCUAAAUAUCAAACUUACCAUUUUGGAAAAGAAGAAAGGAAUCAGAAUUAACAAAUCUGUGCUAAAGAAAAGACAUAUUAAAAAAAUGCCUUGAAGAUAAAAAAAUGCCUUGAAGAUAAAAAAAAGCCCUAAUUAAAUAAUUAGAUACAUGCUGCCCUGUUAAUAUUCUCACCCAAACACAUUUUCAUUAAUGUGUAAGUGGAAGGAAACUCCUUCUACUGUACUAAUAGUUUUCAGUCAUUUAAGCAAAUGCAUCUAUAAAGUUAACAGUUAGCUAAUUUAUUUCUCUUGGUCUCAGGAUCUAAUUAUUUCCUCUUUGAUAAUUGAAUAUUGAAUUAGCACUGUUUAACACAGUGUUGACAAUAGCCAUUUGAAAACUCAGCAGAGUGCACAGCAUACAUUGUGACGAUUAACUAGAGAAUGGAGAAACUGAGCAGGUAGAAGAGUUGAGAAAUUAAUUCAGAAUUUCUCUCAGUGCCUUGAGAUGCUGAGCUGUGUCUGUAAUUGUGCAUUGUAUGUGACUGCCACGGUUCAGAUCUGUUUGCUUGGCUCAGACAAUCGCGAAAGCAUGUGGCUGCUCUCAUAAAACCCCUAGUCUUCAGAAAUGUAAAAGAUUUUACUCUGCAAUUAAUUCCACAUACAUUCUCAAACUUUUAAAGAUAGGGGAUUUAUUUGUACCAUCAACACCAAUUUGGCAAAAGAACUCAAUUCAUGAUUAUUUAUACUGUCAGAAAAUAAGAAAUACUGUAAGAAAAUAAGAAAACUGUAAGAAAAGCUGAAGCAAGCAGAAAAUUCUAAAGCCUUCUUGUUCUAUCUGCUAUGGGUGCCUGAUUAAAGCCAUGUUCAUUUUUAGUGCCACUAUUUUGGAAUGCUGGUACUGAAGUUUGCUAGUAUCUUGAGCACUCACUUACAGUACUGUUCAAGUAUUCAUAAGCAACAAGAUUUCUUUCUCCUUUUUUUUAGUUGCCCUGCCUUGUUUCCAGAAGAUGAAAUUCCUCACUUGGAUGUGUUUCCACAGGCUUAUAUAACCUGCUCAAGUGGCCUUUGUUCACAGGAGCCCUCAACAUGAGCUAUUUGAUCACAGAUGCAAACCCAAUCUUGCACAUUUCCCACUGGUUUUGAUGAAUUGGGGAGAUUGGAGUGAUUCAGACCAAUUGUCACAGCCCUAUAAUUGUUACAGCCCUAAAUCACUGUCUGAAAUGCUGCAUCAACUGGUGAACAAACUUGCUGAGACACUGGUGGAAUCAGGAAGAUUUAAUGUUUGCUCCAUAAAAGUAGUAACAGUACUUUAAAAUUUUUGAGUUCUGAGGACUUCUGGUCACAGUGAGGACCAUGAUAAACAUUAGAUAAUAAGCAAGUCCCUCCUCUCCUUUGAACCGUCAGCAGAGUUCAAAUGAUAGAAAAGUAGUCUGUGCCCACAUUUUAAUCUGCCUUUACCAUGCCACCACAGGAGGUUAAUCAAAAGACUGCAAAAAUUAAUCAAACCCCACCCAAAGCUGCUUUGGUAGAACCCCAAGUGGGCCUGGAAGCAGGUCAUUCACAUUGUCAGGAGAAAUUGUUUACCACAUCUGAAGAAGUCAUCCAGGAGGAAAGAAGAACUUUGGAUAAACUCAGCAGGUCAGGUAUCAUUUCACUGACCUUUCAUCAGCCUGAAAUGUUAACUCUGUUUUGAUGAUGCCUGACCUGCUGUGCAUUUCCUGCAUUUUCUGGUUUUUUUAUUGCGGAUUCCCACCAGCAUUUUGCUUUUGAUAAAUCAAAGCUAUUUGCAAAAACAGUUGGCUGAGCAUUUUAUGAAAAUCAUCUUUUUAAACAGAUAUUUCUUAACACUUUGGAAUCAAUACUGCAAGGCAAACAUUUGAGAUAAUUAGGAUUAUUUAGAUAUCAUAACAACACUUCUUUUCAAUGGGGAAUGCAGUUAUAAAUAUUUUAAAUCAUAUGGUAAUAGUUACUGAAACAAAAUAUUUUUCCUAACAAUAUUGUUGAAAAGAUUUUCAUGAUAGCAUGUCCAGUUUGCCUAAGUUCCCCAAGCUGUGUAUUUUGUGUUUUUAUUGGCUCUAUUUCCACAGACUAAUUCCCAUGUGCCACAAAUGCAAAUGGAAUUCUUUGAGUACUGGAAUAUAUAGAAGCUCUGUAUAAUGUUCUGGUUAAGUAGACCUAUCCGUUUAGUCAUCUUAGUGUGGGGAACCUCUCUCUCUGUAAAGCAUUGUUUUCCAUCCAAUGCUUGGAACUUUAAACUACGGAGGAAGUUUUUUCCAAGAAUCGUGGUUCAGCAUAACAGAUUAGAAGACAAAAUUUGGUCUGGUACUGGUCCAUUCUUGGUGGACUCCAUGUGGAGGCUGUCCUGACCUCAGCUGGGUCACUGCUUGGGAUGUUACAAUUGUCCUCAGGACUCUGCGUCAAAGAAAGGUAAAAUCAUUAUGAUCUCCCUUUCUUUAGAUUCUAUUUGAUUGCAUAUGCUUGGAGACCCAAUGAGUUCAAGAUCUAGUUUGUGAUCCCCCCACCACAGUUGAAUAACCUGUCAACAUUGAGUAUUUAGGCUCAACAAUGAACAGUGGCCACUUGGGGUAAAUUGCUGUACAACUACUGCGUGCGGAGAAUCACUGCCCUCAGGAGGAAGAGAAAAAAAAGUUGAGGGAGCAAAGCAUGUAGUGGAGGUCCAACAAUGUGGACCAACAGUUCAGCACCUAACUGUGAGCACCUUAGAAGAAUGCAGAAAAAAAGACAUGAAAGAACUCUUACCUUCGGAUAUUCAGUGGCAUGUAAUUUGUUAUGCUUGGGUUUACAAAAUGGAAGAUCCAUCUCGUGACAAACACUGAACAGUUUUGCAUAGAUCAGUACUGUGUAUGAGCAGUACGAUGUAAAUAUUCUGAUGAUUUGUUAAUUUAAGGAUGAAGUUACCCUUUGGUGACUGGUUUACCUUAUUAGAUGGGUUGAAGGAUCCACUGUAAUAGUUUGUUACCUAGCAUGUUAUAAUAAACCAAAUGUAGUAAAAACCUCACAUUGCUAUUGAGCAGAAAUACCA